AUGGGAGGAUGCUUCUCCAAACCCAAACCAGUUGAAGUGAAAAUUGAAGUUGUGAUACCUGAGAAGGAGAGGAGCAAGGAGGAGAUGUCGCCCAAUGGGAAAGCCAGUCCCCUGAUCUACAAAGUCAACGGGACUGCCCGGCAUUAUCAUCUCGAGGAGCAUCCCAUUGCCAGCAACCCCUACCACAACCCAAAGGAUGUGGUGGAAGCGUCUGUGUGCCACGUGAAGGACCUGGAGAAUGGACAGAUGCGGGAAGUGGACCUGGGCUGCGGGAAGGCUCUGCUCAUCAAGGAGAACGGCGAGUUCCACGCUAUGGGACACAAGUGUCCCCACUAUGGGGCUCCACUGGUCAAAGGGGUUUUGUCCAAAGGAAGAGUCCGCUGUCCCUGGCAUGGAGCUUGCUUCAACAUCAGCACAGGUGACAUAGAGGACUUCCCAGGCUUGGACAGCUUACCCAGGUUCCAGGUGAAGAUUGAGAAGGAGAAGGUGUACAUCCGAGCAAGCAAGCAGGCUCUUCAGACACAGAGGAGGACAAAGAUGAUGGCAAAGUGCAUCUCCUUGAGCAACUAUAACCUGAGCAGUACCAACGUGCUGAUCAUCGGUGCAGGGGCAGCUGGACUGCUCUGUGCAGAGACCUUGCGCCAGGAGGGUUUCUCAGACAGGAUUGUGAUGUGCACGAUGGACAGACACCUGCCCUACGACAGACCAAAGCUCAGUAAGUCGAUGGACUCCCACCCGGAGCAGAUCGCCCUGCGCCCCAAGGAGUUCUUCUGCAGCUACGACAUCGAAGUCCUGACCGAAAUGCAGGUUGCGGCUGUGGAUGUCAAGAACAAGGUAGCCGUGUUUAAGGAUGGAUUUAAGAUGGAAUACAACAAGCUGCUGAUAGCAACUGGAAACACGCCCAAAGCGCUCAGCUGCAAAGGCAAGGAGGUGGAAAAUGUUUUCAACAUCCGGACGCCUGAAGAUGCCAACCGUGUGGUGAAGCUGGCCACGAGCAAGAACGUGGUUGUUGUGGGAGCAUCCUUCCUGGGGAUGGAGGUGGCCGCCUACCUCACGGAGAGGGCCCACUCAGUGUCCGUCGUGGAGCUGGAGGAAGUCCCCUUCAAGAAGUUCUUUGGGGAGAGGGUUGGCCGUGCUGUCAUGAAGAUGUUUGAGAGCAACAGGGUGAAGUUCUACAUGCAGACAGAGGUGUCAGAGCUGCGGGAGCAGGAGGGCAAGGUGAAGGAGGUGGUGCUGAAGAGUGGGAAGGUGCUGCGCGCCGAUGUGUGUGUUGUUGGCAUUGGCGCAGUCCCAGCGACAGGCUUCCUCAAGCAGAGUGGCAUCAACAUCGACUCCAAAGGCUUCAUCGUGGUCAACAAGAUGAUGCAAACCAACAUCCCCGGAGUGUUUGCGGCUGGCGACGCGGUCACGUUCCCUCUGGCUUUGAGGAAUAAUAAGAAGGUGAACGUCCCUCACUGGCAGAUGGCCCAUAUGCACGGCCGUGUCACCGCACUGAACAUGCUGGCCCAUGGUGUGGAGCUCAGCACAAUCCCAUACCUGUGGACUGCGAUGUUCGGGAAGAGCAUCCGAUACGCGGGUCAUGGGGAAGGAUUCGAUGAUGUUGUCAUUCAGGGAGAUGUAGACGAACUGAAGUUUGUGGCAUUUUAUACCAAGAGCGACGAGGUGGUGGCUGUGGCCAGCAUGAACUAUGACCCGAUCGUGUCCAAGGUGGCUGAAUGCCCGGGCGGGACCAUCCGGAAGCGUGAUGUGGAGCUGUUUGUCCGUCAUGGCAAAACUGGAGACAUGUCCUGGCUAACAGGGAAGGGCUUCUAA